GAAGCAUUUCUUCACUCGCAUUUACCUUCAUUAUUCCAGAAAAAAGUCUCCUUUUUCUUCAUCUCGUCCCUUCCUCUCCUCUGCAACUGCGACGCGUUCUACAUCUUUACCCCCUUCGGCUUCAACGCAAUGGAUGACGUCGUCAAUUUUCUCUCCGGCGAGUAUGGCAUCCGCCAACCUGGUAAGUCAAUUCCUAUGGCCGCCUCCAAGCCUUCCCCCGCCACAACCCUCCCUUCGUGGAACAAUCGUUCUUCUAAGUCCGGCAAGUUGUCCAAUUUCAGCGAUGGCGUUCUCGAGGAGGAUAGCGCGCUUUCUUCCUCCAAUAAAGACUAUGUCUUGGAGAGUCUAGGGAUGGGAUUGACGGAGACCAAGGGCUUAGGUUUUGAGGAACUCGUAUAUGGGAAUAAGGCAGCAGAAGAUCCGUUUUUAGUUUUUGAAAUGGGUUAUCCUUCAUUUCAUCAAUCGUCGGUGCAUUCAAAUGUGAUUUCUUCUGCUUCUGUUGAUGAAAGGGAUUUUUUUGAUGUUUCGAGUGGUAUUGGAAGAUUUAAAUCUUCGUUUGCUUCUGAGGGAAGUGGGCGUAUAGGGAAAGUUAACAUUCCCAGCAGUGUUUUUCAGAACCCUAGCAAUGUCCAAAAGUUUAUUGUAAAGGAGCCACUGCAGAGUUCUUCUCAAUAUUCAAAUCCAAUUGCCAGACCUCCAAAUCCUCCUAUGUUAGGAGAAAGUUUUGAAUUUUUUAGUUUGUAUGAGAAUGCUGCAGUUGAAAAAGAGAGGGCAGCAACUACGUCAAAACAUGAGAAAACUAAUUACAAUGGCAUUGAGGCCUUCUUCUCGAAUAUAGGUUUGGGAGGAAACUUGCGACCAGUGCAAAUGGAAGCAAUCUCUGAAAGUAUUUUUGAUGCUCCUUUUGAAAUGCAGGGAGCUUUAGGAGGGGCUCCGCAAGGCCCUGCUGGUUCUAAUUUAAACAUCAAAGAAUCAUCUUCUAUGAAUAGUAGGAUGGAUGAUCUAUCUUUUGGGAUAGGAGCUUUUCAAUCACCUUCUAAAUUUCAAGAUAUUGAUGGAGACAAUGAACAUAGAAGACAGGCAAGAUAUGAACGGGAGAGGAAGAAAAUUGAGAGAGCAGAAAAAGCUCUUUCUGAGAAAAUUGAGCAUGAUUUUGAAUUACAAAAGGAGAAGAAAGAAAGAGAAAUGAUUGCUGAAGAGCUGGAUAUUAAGGUCAAGCAAUGGGCUGCUGGACGAGAAGGAAAUUUGCGUGCUUUGAUAUCAACAUUGCAAGAUGUGCUUUGGCCAGAGUGUGAAUGGAAACCUGUAUCUUUGGGCAAUUUGAUGACUUCUGCUUCUGUUAAAAAAGCUUAUGGAAAAGCAGCUCUGUGUAUUCAUCCUGACAAGGUACAACAAAAGGGUGCAACUCUGCGGCAAAAGUAUGUUGCUGAAAAGGUCUUUUAUCUCCUCACAGAAGCUUUAAAUAAGUUCAGCUCGGAGGAGCUCUCAUAGGUGGCCUUUGGAAGAUUAGAGAAGAUUAAUUGAAUUGAGUUAAGUUUUCAAGCUAUUAUGGAAUUUUAACAAAAAAAAAAGAAACUUUAGCUAAAAAUGUUGAAGAUGGCUUUGUCGAAUAUUUAGAAGAUUCUUUAUUGCAAAUGGUUGUGGUGUCAUGACAUAUCCUUUCGUUGGCCUGUUGUAAUGGUAAACAAUGUCUUUCUUAUUGGUUUGUAUGAUAUGAUGCGUUUUUUUGCUUUUGAUUUUCUUUAGAGUUAAUAAAAUGGGUCGUUGACUCAAAUUCUAUAA